AAAAGGAAAAAUAGGUGUGCUAUUCCAAUGAUCGAACGGCGAAGGUCUUCAUCAGGCUCGGAUGGUGUCUGUUGGUCCUGCCCACAAUGUAAGACCACCAGGAGCAUCAGACACCUCAGUUUCUUCUCUAAGAGUAGGAUUACUCUCCAACAGUGGUUGGUAGCCAUUUUGUGGUGGUCCAGAGAAUACCCUGUGACAGACAUGGCAAUGGAGGCUGAGGUGAGACCAUCCACGGGGUGUGAUAUAUACCAAUGGCUCAGAGAGGUAUGCUCAGCAAAGCUGAUCGCAACUGUUAUCCGUCUUGGAGGAGCUGGUGUUAUUGUUCAGAUCGAUGAAAGUCUGUUCCGACACAAACCUAAGGUAAAAUUGUGCUCACAAUAAUAUUGUAAACACUUAAACACAAUAGGGUGGACGGGGUAGGCGACCCAGAGUGACUUGUGGGUGUUUGGGUUGGCUGACACGUCAACAACCCCUGCCACUGGCUUUGUCCAGUUAGUGGCAGAUAGAAGAGCAGUCACACUCUUGCCUAUAAUACAGGCACAUGUUCAACCAGGCACAGUGAUACAUUCCGACUGUUGGGCCGCUUACAAUAAUGUAGCAUCGUUGCCAAAUGUUGGAUCCCAUGGCACCGUCAACCACAGUAUUGAGUUUGUGAACAGCGUCACAGGGGUACACACACAAAACAUUGAGAGCUAUUGGAAUAGAAUUAAGAUCAAGCUGAAGAGGAUGCGGGGGGUGACAGAACAACAGUUGCCAUCAUACCUUGACGAGUUCAUGUGGAGAGAGCGACUGUCAACCCCUCAAUCGAAACAAGCUGCCUUUACCCAAGUAAUGGCUGACAUCGCCACACAGUAUCCAGUCUAAGCCAAAAUCAUCUAUCUGUCCAUCCAUCAAUCAUGAUUGUAUUAUUCACUCGAUUAAUUAACUCUUCAUUGUUUUCAUCCAUCCAGGAACAUCAGUAUCAUAUCACUUUCCCUUGUUUUCACAUCCAGAAACAUCACACACAGUAUCAUCCCAGUUUUGGAUCAGUUUAUCCAUCCAGUAUCAUCUGUUUUCUUCAGCCAGUAUCAUUAAUUUUUUUCUACAAAUAAGGGCAGGUCAAAGGUCACUUAGCUACUACGGUUAGUAGAGUAUGCAAUGAAGCUACGCCCCCGCUUCCGGAAGCAAUUAAAAGUUGGAGGCGAACACCGUUACUGAUCCGACCUGUUCAGACGGUAGAGCUGGUACUGUAGGGCCUAGUCUGGUGUUCUUAUUGUAGCUCUGCACAAAAGUAUGACCCUCAAGUUUUCAUUUGCAAGGGAACACGCAACAAAUUAAUUAGUAAGACGCUCUUUACAUCUUUUAUCAAUUAUCGUUGUUAGGAUCAUAGAUGAUCAUUUAGUUCUGAUGGACCCAGAGUACGGAGAUGACCUGCUGAAUGGGUUCAGUGGCCCCAGUGACUGUGAGAGCGAGUGUUCAACUGCCGAUGCGGAGGGCGGUGACAACUCUCUUGACCUCCUAUCCGCCAUGAUCGAAACCACUCAACGAAAAAAGAAACAUACCGAGACGAAACGCAUAAAGAAGAGCAGUAAAGUUGUUAGUCAUGCUGAAGUGUCCGACACCACUACCAACACUUCGGGAAUAGAUGAGCUGAAAGCCAAAAUGGAGGCGAUGCAGGCUGAGCUGAAAGAGCUGCGUCAACAAGUUGCCAAACAACCAUCUCCGAAGCAACAGAUAACAAAGACAAGUGGUGUUCCAUCCAAUAGGACUUCAUCGGAGAAGCUGGUGAGUGGAGAGAGAGUACGAGUGGCUCACCAGAGGGAGGAUGUUAGACCCCCCACAGCAAAACCCCCCAUGGAUAGGGACACGUCGGCAAGGAUUGUCACUAAACGUGCAUCUGACAAGGCUGACGGGGUGCUUACUGAGAAAUACUCGGGUUUGAGGAUAAAAAACCCUCUGGUGUCCAGUGAGGUCAUGAGUCAACGCAUGGCUAGUCGUAAAAUGGUGCGAAUACCUCGACUGCUAGCCAAGGUCAAGGGGGGUGAAGUGGAGGGUGACUGGGUAUCUAUUGGAGUCAUUGUCGAUAAACUUCCCCCAAAAGAUAGUAAAAAGGGAGACAAGUACUCAGUGUGGAAGUUGUCUGACCUCUCUGGGCAGAGUGCAGUGGUAACUGUGUUCCUGUUUGGCCAAGCUUAUCAAGAGCACUGGAAGACACCACUAGGCUAUGUGGUGGCACUGCUCAACCCUAACAUCAUGCCUGGCAAAGAGGAUGCUGUUGAUCUAGGAGGCGUGGCACUCUCGCUGGACCACCCCAAGAAGCUCAUGUUGAUGGGCGUGUCUCAGGACUUCACUAUCUGCAAAGCUACCACCAAGAAUGGCCGCAAGUGUACCAACUUUGCCAAUGCCUCUGACGGCGGUUGCUGUGACUACCAUGUUCAGAGUGCCUACUCUAGGAGCAGGUCUAAUCGCAUGGAGCUGCAGACUGGGUAUGGCCCCAGUAGCAGGGGAUUACAGGACAAGCUGCUCAAGGGAUCCAAGACAGACAUGUUCUUUGCUGGGGGUAAAACAUUUGUGGCAUCAGGUACAGGUGGCAAGACUAAUCGUCGUGAUGAUGAGAGACUCUUUGUGCCGGGGGCCAAAUCCUCAGCUGUUAAGGCAAUGGCAGAAUUACGGGAGAAGAGUGGUGGAGUCAGCUCUAGGAGGGGUGUUGUCACCCAGGAUGGAUCAGAAAUAUUCAAGCAGAUGCUACAGAAGCAGAGUGUAGGAGCGAGGAUGCUGACUAAGCACAUAAAAAAAGAGGAGGUUGCAAAGAGAGAAGUUGACAAGGACAGUGCUACUGAGAAGUCAGCGUUACAACUACUGAAGGAAGAGGGGCAAGUUCGUACUCAGACAAAGAUAGCCCGGCCCACUCUGGGGAGGGGGGUUCGUCCUGGUGGUAUGGUGGAUCUCGGAGGGUCCAGCAAAGCAUCUCUUGCAAGGAGAAGGGCAUUGGCUGUGGUAAAAGCCUCGGAGGACAAAAAGGCAAGUGGUGUCAAAAAGAGAGUGGUGGAGAACAGGGACUUGACUGGAGACGACCCUCCCCAGAGCAAGAGACCACGACUGGACAGUGGAGAGAUGGACAGGAUUCUCAAUGCCAAAUCUUCUCACGAUUGGAUCAACGAGGAGGUUGAGUUGGACAAGGAACAAGAAUAUUUUGAGCGUCUGGAGAAGAAAGAGAAUGUGGAGCUAAAGUUACAGAGCAUCAAGGAGUUGAGAGUAUCUGUGGUGCAAUGCAAGGAGUGUAACUACACGGCGGAGUAUCCUGGAGAGAUGUGUAAGAGAGAGAGUCAUGUUCUGAGCAAAUUCAAAGUCAUGAAGAGGUGCUAUGAGUGCAAAGGGUGUCACCAGAGACAGUUUGUCUACACUGGACGUUGUCCUGUGGAGGGUUGUCAGAAGUGUGGGGGAACGUCUCAUGAACAGGUGUCUCUCUAUCGAGAGCGCAAGGGACCCACCCUCCCAACAGAGCAGCUCAAAUUGAGAGGAGAUGAGGAGAAAUACCUGAAUAGUUUACAGUAGAACACUUUUAUGAUUUGAUUAUUGCAUUCUUUAGGUGUGGUUUUGUUGCAUUUUCUUCUUGCUUGUGUUUCAAGUGACAGUAUAUAAUGGAUGAAUUGUGUUGAGUAUUGUAAUAAGAAGAGCUCUAUAAAACUG